CUAAACACAAGCUGAAAAGAAGAGGUGAAGAGAACACUUGUUGCGAGAGCUGGUCCAGGAUGGAGAUAUUAAACGAUCACCUGCUCGACAUUCUGUCCAUCCAGGAGGAAGAUGGAAAGGAGAACAAACGCCAGGCCCUGAGACUGGUUGUUUUCAUGAGAGCGCAGUCUGACGGAUUAGUGAAAGACUAUUUACAUUUUCAAGGUGCUCCACUGUCUAAUCCCGACUUUAACCAGAAGCCUCAGACAGACGGUCUACCAACUCUAGAGGAGCUCCCAGCCUCCCCCUGGAAGCGGCUGUCUCUUAGUCUAUCUGCUUUCGCAUCUCUGGCGAGUUGGUUUGAAUCUGUCAUAUUCUGGCAAACUGACCUCAACCCCAAAGCCAAACAGUUGCACAAACGCUUGGAGACUUGUCACCAGCAGUUAAAGGCCUUGUGUUCCAGCCUUGCCACCAUCCUUGGGAGGGCAGACCUCUCCUAUCCUUCCACACCCACGGUCUCAAAGACGUUUGCCAAGAAGAUCGCCGGCUAUGCUGUGUGUGUGAGUUUCAUCAACUGGCUCCAGCAAACUGAAAGGGACCUUGCCAUCCUUAUUGCAGAGACGGCUGUGUAGCUUCGUACAGAUAGACAUUAGCAACUGACCUACCUCUCAGAGGACACCUGGUAGAUGGAUCUGAAUCUUGUAUGCAACAGACUUUCACUUAGAACUUGCUGUUACAAGCCAUUAACACUCCUGCAAUACCAAAACUACUGUAGAACCCUGAAUCUUGUCCUGAGCCCGUGGAAAAAGAAUUCCCGUUGGAAUGUUGGACGUAGGACUUUUUCGUUUAAUCUUUUCCAGCAAGUGCCUAUGGUAUGCAUUGGCUCGAGGCCAAAAGCACGAUCCAUGCGAUAUCGUAAAAUGGACCUUCUGAUCUUCUUUCAGUCUGAACCAUCUUGGCUCCAUGAGUACAGCAACAGGAUUUAGAUUCCCUCUUGCACACUCAACUUCACUGUUUUAAGGCUUGUAUUUUAGUUUAUAUUUUUACUAAUUUUAAAAAUUAAAGAUGGCUUUUACUUAAGUUG